AUGCACUGCCAAAAGUGCCGCCAGCCGUUGAAGCUCGACGGCUCUCUCGACGACCUCAACCCAGCCGCAUAUGAUCUUCUCGUCUCCGCAACAUCAUCUCCAAAAACAGCGAUCAAGCCCUCGAGCGCGCAACCGUCGGCACUCCAGGAACAGGAGCAAUCGCGAAAGUCUCUCUACGACAAAGUCUCUCAGAAUGCUGGCGCGCCGACAUUCAAGCGGUACCGUGGCGGCCAGCCCCGCGACAAUACCAUGUCGUUCAUCUACCUCACGGAGUCGCAGGUUGGGCAUCCUCUGCCGCCCCAGCAGCAGCAAAAGGAACGAGCAAUUAUCCCUCCUCGCCGACGAGCCUCCAGCACAAACGGAGCCCCCGAAGACGAGCCCCAGAUGGACAUGGGGCAUGACAUAGACAAGAUCAACCGGCUAUUCGAAAUAUUAUCCGCCAGGUCCGACAUCGAUCACCCGGUCUGUGUGGACUGUACCGAACUGCUGGUGGAGGGCCUUCAGAAGAAGCUCGAUGCCGUAUCCAAGGAAAGGGACGCCUAUGUUCAGCACUUGAAAGAGGUGCAGAGUAACCAGCCGAGUGACGAGGACGUCAAAGCCUGGAACGAAGCUCUGAAAAAGGCAGAGAAGAAUAAAACCGCUGCAAUGGAAGAGCUGAAGAAGCUGGAAGCCGAGAAGGAUGCACUGGAUGACGAGAUCUGGGCAUUAGAGGAAGAGUCACGCCAGCUGGACAAAGAGGAGGAGAACUUUUGGCGGGAGAGAAACGCCUUUGCCGCGAAAAUGGCAGAGUUCCAGGCCGAGCGCGACAGUGUCAAUGCAAAGUAUAACAACGAUUCGCAGCUGCUCGAGAAGCUACAACGGUCCAAUGUCUACAACGACACUUUUUGCAUCAGCCACGAUGGAAGCUUCGCUACCAUCAACGGCCUGCGCCUCGGCAGGCUCUCUAAUAAGCCCGUGGAUUGGCCAGAAGUCAAUGCAGCUUGGGGUCAUGCGCUGCUCCUGCUCGUGACGGUUGCCGAUAAGCUCGGGUAUAAGUUCCAGGGCUACGAGCCGGUGCCUCUGGGAAGCACCUCCAAGAUCAUCCGGUACGAGGCGUCCAAUCCGGCGUCCAGCAGGCUUGGCGGAAGACCGAUGCACGCACCUCCAAAGAAGCAUGUGCUAGAGCUGUACAGCUCGGGAGACAUGCCGCUUGGGCUCACGUUUAUGCAUCGCAAGUUCGACACCGCCAUGGUUGCUUUUCUCGAGCUAGUCCGCCAGCUAGGUGUCUUUGUCCAACAGCAAACAGAAUCAACGGGUGUCCCCUUGACCCUUCCGUACAAAAUCGAGGGGGACAAGAUAGGGGAGACCAGCAUCAAGCUCGGCAUUGCGCAAGAUGAUGGAUGGACCAAAGCAUGCAAACUCACACUUACGUGCUGCAAGUUCCUGCUGGCCCACGCCAGCAAUGUGACUUCGAGUGCGAGGAAUGGCGCCUAG